AUGGCCGCGAUGGGUGGGCACCAGAGGCUGAUGAUGGAGGAUGCGGCGGAGGACAAGUUCCCGGAGGGGCUGCGUGUGCUCGCGGUGGACGACGACCGCGUCUGCCUCAAGGUACUAGAGGCCCUCUUGCGCCGCUGCAAAUACAGCCCAACGACGGUGAUGGAUGCCAAGACGGCGCUGAAGAUGCUCAGAACGGGGAAUGAGGAGUUCGACCUAGUCAUCACCGACGUGCGCAUGCCCGACAUGGACGGCUUCAAGCACCUCGAGCUCAUCGGCCUCGAGAUGGAUCUGCCCGUCAUCAUGCUAUCGGUGGAUUGCGACAAGAAGGCCGUGAUGAAGGGGAUAAACCAUGGGGCGUGUGACUAUUUGAUGAAGCCAGUGCAAACCAAAAAGCUCAAAAACAUAUGGCAGCAUGUUGAGAGUAGGAGAAGAUCCCAAUCAAUAAGCCACAUGAGUAGGGAUAAUGAUGACGACCAGAGAGUACAUACUGGGACUCUUGCCAAGAGUAAGGACUCAAAGAGUAAGAGAAAUGAUGAAGAUGGUUCUAAUGAGAACAAAGAGAGCACUCAUGCAUCCACUACCCAGAAGAAGAUGAGGGUGGCAUGGACAGCUGAGCUUCAUAACAAGUUUGUAGAAGCUAUCUACCAGAUCGGCCUUGAAAAGGCUGCUCCAAACAAGAUAUUGGAGCUGAUGAAUGUGGAUUACCUCACUAGACAUAAUAUUGCGAGUCAUCUACAUAAGUAUAGAUUGUACUUGAAUAGAGUCAAAUCAAAUCCACUCGGUGAUGCAAGUGAAAGACAAAACUCAUCCAUGGGGAAUCAAAGGAAUUUUAUGCAUAACCAUGAGCAUGGAAGAUGGCAUGUUUCCUCAUGUGGCAACCCCUCCUGGAGUCCAAAUUAUUUCGGUGCAACUAGUCAAUUAGGCCAGCUGACGGACAACCAGAGCAACUUGUGCAUGGGGUCGUUAAUCCAUGGUGGAAGAAUGUCGAGGUAUUUGGUUCCAAACACACCGGAUGCGAGAAGAUUUGCCGAUCCCGAAGACCCUCCCAUUAGCCUAUACAAUGGCAUACUCGAUGACAUAAUGUUAGAUGAAUUUUCCUCGUGUAGCUCUGGUACUUCCUAUGUUGACUCCAUGCGUGGCAAGUUGAUGGAGAAAAGUAAAGGAAAAACCCCAUCAAAUCUUAGAAGUCACUUAACAAACACAUCUGGUGGUGGCGGGAGCUCGGCACCCACAAAUGAUGUUGGUAGCACUUCAAAACCCGAGAUUAAUAUGGUUAGCUGUGGAAGAACUAUUUCCACACUUUCCAACCUUCGGACAGAUGGUUUCAUCGAAUUAACUCCAAUGCCUGAUGGCGGGGAUGUAGUUGGCAUUCUUCAUGUGCAAGAAAGUAUGGUUAAUCAGCAAGAGCCUAAUGAUCUAUUUAAUGACAUUAAUAACUUGUCAUCGGAUGAUAUUGCCAACCUUCUAAAUGACGAUUCCAUUGGAGAGGAUGCUAUCAUGGAUGGAUAG